AGAAAGGAAGCUUCCCCCUCACCCUUCCUUCUCCCCAAAACCUUUCACAUCUAAACCCCUUCCACACUACGAAAUUAGACCAUUUCUUAUAAUAUAUAUAUUAUAUAUAUACUUUUCGCCGGUGCUAAUUAAUCUCGCCCACCCUUUUCUACCAAAACAAAAAGUAACAGCGGGCGAAUUCCUUCGUUUCCCCUCUCCGCAUCGGCGAUAUCUAGGCUUAGGGUUAGGGUUAGGGUUAGGGUUUGAUCCUCGGAGGAGGAGGAAGGAGGAGAGGAGGAGAGGAGAUGGCGCAACCGUCGCUGAUCUACAGCUUCGUGGCGCGGGGGACGGUGAUCCUCGCGGAGUACACGGAGUUCAAGGGCAACUUCACCACGAUCGCGUUGCAGUGCCUCACGAAGCUCCCCGCGAGCAACAACAGGUUCACCCACACCACCGACGGCCACACCUUCAACUUUCUUGUCGAGGACGGAUACACAUAUUGUGUAGUUGCAGUUGAAUCAGUAGGCAGACAAAUGCCCAUUGCCUUCUUGGAGAGGAUCAAGGAGGAUUUCAUCCAAAGAUAUGGUGGAGGCAAAGCUGCAACAGCUGCAGCCAGCAGCCUAAACCGAGAGUUUGGGUCGAAACUUAAAGAGCACAUGCACUAUUGUGUGGAGCACCCUGAGGAGAUUAGCAAGCUGGCGAAGGUGAAAGCUCAGGUUUCAGAAGUCAAAGGAGUCAUGAUGGAAAAUAUUGAGAAGGUUAUAGAACGCGGGGAGAAUGUCGACCGUCUUGUUGACAAGACAGAAAAUCUUCGCUUCCAGGCCAACGAUUUCCGACAGCAAGGAACGAGGGUGCGGAGGAAGAUGUGGCUUCAGAACAUGAAGAUCAAGCUAAUUGUCCUUGGCAUCAUAAUCGCUCUCAUCCUUAUCAUAAUCCUGUCUGUGUGCCAUGGCUUCAAAUGCAAGUAAUUAAUCGGUCUUCAACCACCCAAAGAUAUAGCUCUUACCCUAUAUACAACUGCUGCUUGUCUGAAUAUAGUGGUGUUUGGUUACUGCAUAGGAACUCUAUUGCUACUUUGUGACCUA